GUGCUACAGUCCUAGGUUUUAUUAUUAAUAUUAUGGAAAUAUCUUAUCUUAUUUUUGCAGUCUUUAGCGGAAAUGAGAAUGACAACCGAUCUAAAGAUCAAAGGCCGACAAUCGCUUUGCGAAGUAUCGACAACAGAUUUGACUCAAAACUACCAGAACAAGCAUGGGUUUGCUAAGAAUAUUGCAGGGGAUGAUUGUGCCUCAGCUGUUGCUGGGGUACAUCUUCAUUGUCAGUGGACUGAUUGUUAAUUUCCUUAUGCUUCUUUCUUGCAUACUGUGGCCCAUCAACCGACAUCUGUAUCGCAAAAUCAAUGUGAAUUUGGCUUAUUCUCAUUGGUGCCAGUUGACCUUCCUUGCCCAGUGGUGGUCUGGCUCAGAAGUACUACUUUACAUAGACAAAGAGGAUAAGAAAAAAGUGGGCAAAGAACAUGUACUGGUGUUGAUGAACCACAAGUAUGACAUUGACUGGCUUAUGGCCUGGGUCCUUGCUGAGCGCUUUGGGAUGCUAGGGGGCACGAAGAUUUAUGGAAAGCAGGAGCUGAAAUAUGUACCUCUCAUUGGCUGGGCAUGGUAUUUCACUGAAAGUAUCUUCUUGAAGAGGCAAUGGGAGCACGACCGCAGAAUUAUUUCAGAGUACCUCAAGCAGAUAACUGACUAUCCUGAUGGAUACUGGGUCACUGCACUGCUGUUUCCUGAGGGUACUCGCUUCACAGAAGAAAAACUCCGAGCUAGUCAGGAGGUGUGCAGAGCAAAAGGCUACCCAUUGACGAAACAUACUUUGCUACCUCGUACAAAGGGUUUUAUACUGUCUGUACAUGGUAUGCGAGGAAAAGUUCCUGCCCUCUACAACUGUACAGUUGGUUUUCCAUCCAAUGGUCCAGAACCAAACCUCAUGAACAUUGUAAAGGGAGUACCACUACUUGCUCAUUUCCACACAGAACGGAUCCCAUUUGAAGAUAUUCCUGUAGAUUCUGAUGAAGCUUGUUCAGAAUGGCUUAGAGCAUCAUUUCAAAAAAAGGAUGAACUUUAUGAUAAUUUCAAAAAGAAUGGCAAGUUUGAUGGAGAACCAUGCACUAUACCUCGUCGAAUUACUGAUCUGCUGAUGUGGGCUUUUUGGGCUGUGCUGACAUGUGUGCCUCUCUUCUACUAUAUUGGACAGCUUUUUGUACUAGGAACGCUGACACAGCGAAUCAUUUUUAUUGCUUUUGUUGCUGCAGUUUGUUUUGGAAUGCGACUGUUGAUCGCUGUGACAGAGACUAAGAAGGGAUCAGCUUAUGGUUCAAAGCCAGCACACGAAGACAGUUUACAGCACACUGCCACCAGGAACGCAGAAAAGAUCAGUUCCGGAAUUUCUGAAAACAGCACAGACAGUCAACCAGAGAAAACAAACAUAGAUAAGAAAGAACAAUAACAGCCUCUUGACAUGGUUGAUGCAAUGGACAUUACUAAACCAGUCUCUUCUUACAGCAACAAGUCUUUGUAUCUUCAAUAUCAAACUACAUUUGUUAUGAUAUUCACUCAGCGUGCUUCUUUUCUCUUGAGUAAAAUUUGUGGCUCUUGUUGAAAUGGGGAAAAUUUUCAAACUAUAGUUUACUUUUGCCAGUGUACUGUAUAUAAUGACGAUAAUUGACCAUUGCAUAGUAAUCUUUUUUUGAGGAUGGGCAAAAAAAUAUGUCUGGUCCCUUCAACAAAGUCUGGGCCGCCCACUUUUAAAAAAUGAUGGUAACAUAAAUGUAUAUGCAAAAUGGGUAACAUUUUUUUUAUCAUUUUCUGACUCUAAAGUUGUUCUUUAUCAUCAUAAGCUUAUAAAUUUUACAUGGUGUGUGACCACUUAAAUCCACUGAAUACAGGACUAUACAAACUUCACAGUGAUCAUCAAUUAUACAUAAGCCCGAAUCAAUUUUCUUUUGGGAAAUACAAUUUCUUGUAAUAGAUUUCUUUUGAUUUACAAGAAAGUGGUGUUUCAUGAUGGAGUGAGAUAGGGAUGGUUUCUUUCUCUCAACUUUGAGCUUCAAAGAUAAUUUAGAUUUAUUGUUCUGUCAUGUUUAUUUUUUUAUGAAUUUUUUUUUUACAAAUAAUUUGUGUGUACCCGUGGAUUAGAAUCAAAAGUGAAAGCACGGGCUUAAAGUUUUAAAGUAAUAAUAAAUUAAACCACUUUUUAUAGGUGAUACACUUUCUGAUACCUAUUUUUAACUAAAGAAUCUUGGUUGAAGCAGUUUUAGCUGUCUCUAGCCAAACUAUCUUUUACUAAGCUGUUUUGUGUCCUGAUCCAAGGUUUGGGUAAAAAUGUUGAAAAAUUCACAUAAAAUACCUAUUUUAUAUUUUAAAGGGCAUUUAGCAUACAUUUGUUUGUCAUUAAUGACCCUUAAAAUACUCGUUGUGUAAGUAUAUGUAGUUGUUCCUUGACAUUUAACACUUCAUCUGACGUCACUUUUGUACUUUUUUAUUUGAUUGCGAAUGGCAGUUACAUAUCAAAAUGUAUGAUAUGAAGCAUUCCAUAUUUUGGGUCAGAAUGUGCAAAUAAUAAAAGAAAAUGAUGCAAGUAAA